GAGUUGACUAAACGCCAUUGGAGCUCUCUUCUACUUACAGAAACCUGCUUCCACUGUGAGUGAGUGUGUUGACUAGAUAAUUCAUCCAUGCAUUCUUCCGAUGCAAACAUCCAUGGCCUGCCUUUGAAGCCGCCAUCUUCAUCAUCAACGUCUUGGAAAUACGAUGUAUUCUUGAGCUACAGGCCGAAAGAUACUCUCAAAACCUUUACUGGUCAUCUCUACACGGCUCUAGAUCRUGCUGGAAUUCGCACUUUCAUGGGUUAUCACAACGAUGAACUGYCAAUAGGUUCCGAUGUUUCAUUGGAAUCGAYAAAAGCGAUAGGAGAAUCCAGGGCUUCGAUUAUCGUGUUUUCGAAAAACUAUGGUUCUUCGAGCAGGUGCUUGGAUGAGUUGGUGAGGAUAAUCGACUGUAAGAGAAAGGUUGGGCAAUUGGUUCUUGCUAUAUUUUAUGAUGUUAGUCCGAUUGAUGUGCGGGAGGGUUUUGGAGGUGCUUUUGAUGCUAGAAAUUUCUCGGAAUGGGAUCUGAAUGUCAUCUCGGACGGGCAUGAGGCUAAAUUUAUCCAAAAAAUUGUUGGGCAUGUUCGUCAUAAAGUAAGACGUAUAAAGUUACAUGUCGCCAAACACCCAGUGGGACUGGAAUCUCGUGUUGAAUACUUGAAUUCGUUAUUAAGAAUUGGAUCAGGCGAUGUCCGCAUGGUUGGCAUCUAUGGUAUGGGUGGCAUAGGCAAAACAACAAUCACGAAAGCUUUCUACAAUAUGGCUUUCUAUCUCUUUGAAGGCAGCUGCUUUCUUGCAAAUGUCAGAGAAGAGGCUGAACGUCCAAAUGGUAUAGCGCGUUUACAAGGACAACUUUUAUGUCAACUGCUUGGGGAAAAUAAUUUGAAGGUUGCUAAUGAACAUAUAGGGAUCAGUAUUCUUGAAGAAAGAUUCCGUKCCAAAAGAGUUCUCAUUGUUCUUGAUGACUUGGAUCAACUUAAUCAAUUASAGAGUUUAGCAGGACAACGCCAUUGGUUUGGUUCAGGAAGUCGAAUUAUAAUAACGACAAGAAAUGAGCAUCURCUGAUUCAAGCAAGAGCUGAUGACAGAUAUGAAGCCAAUAGAUUGAACAAAGUCGAGUCUUUGAGCCUUUUUUGUUGGCAUGCUUUUCAGAGAACCAUUCCGCUGAAGAAUUAUAUGCAUCUUUCUGAUGGAAUUGUAAGUUAUGCUGCAGGUGUUCCCUUAGCUCUUGAGGUUUUAGGAUCUUCUUUGAUGGGAAGAACCAUGGCACAGUGGAACAAUACACUUGAGAAAUUACAGCUGACUCCUGAUAAGAAGAUCCAAAGCAUCCUACGAAUAAGCUUUGAUGCAUUAGACGAUGAUGAUGUAAAGAAUAUCUUUCUUGAUAUUGCAUGUUUUUUCAAUGGAAUGGGCAUUGCACCUGUAAUGGAUAUUUUCAAGGCUUGUGGUUUCUUCCCAGAGGUGGGAAUCAGGAUUCUAAUUGAUAAAUGUUUACUUAGAUUUUUUGAGGGUACAUUUAGGAUGCAUGACUUACUACGGGAUAUGGGAAGACAUGUUGUUCGUUCGAAAUUCCCUAAUGAGCCUGGCAAGCAUAGCCGGUUAUGGUUGCAUAAAGAUGUAUAUGAAGUGCUUACAAAACACAAGGGAACAAAUGAAAUUGAAGGCAUCAUCCUGGAUCCACCAAUGCAAAUGCUUAUCAGUACGCUAGCAUUUGCAAAGAUGCACAAGUUAAGAUUGCUUCAGAUAGAAAAUGCACAGCUCAGUGGAAGCUUUGAAGGUUUAUUCAAAGAGCUAAGGUGDCUUUCUUGGCAUCACUCCUCAUUGGAAAGUUUACCGAUUGACUUUCAUCCAGAAAAACUUACAUUCCUUGAUAUGCAGAACAACAAUAUGAAUGUAGUGUGGCAUGGUAUUAAGGUAUGGCACCCCACUUGCAAUGUUAAUUUGUUUCUUCAAGAUAAAAAAAUGUUCAAAUUUCGUUUUACAGAAACUUCACUACAGCUCCUUACAAACUUGAAGGUCCUUGAUCUCAGCCAGUCUAAAGUGAUGACUUCGACUCCAGACUUUUCUGGUACACCAAAUCUUGAAAAGUUGACACUUUUUGAUUGCACAAGUCUGUUGAAGGUUCAUCCAUCAAUUGGAUGCUUGGGUAGGCUUACUGAGUUGAGAAUGGAAGGUUGCAGUACCCUUCAUGGUCUUCCAAGUAGCAUCUGCAAUGCAGUAUCACUUGAGAAACUAAUGCUUAGUGAUUGCAAAAGUUUCGAACAAUUGCCUGAAGAUUUGGGGAGUCUGAAGUGUUUAAGGGUGCUCCAUGUUGAUCACACUGCAAUUAAGACAUUACCCGAUUCAAUCGGGCUUCUGUGUAACCUCAACGAGCUGCAGUUAAAUUUCUGCCCACGCCUUGUUGCUCUUCCAAGUAAUAUUUGCAAAUUGAGAUCUCUUCAAACACUAUUUGUCACUGCUUGCUCAAAUUUGGAGCAAUUUCCUUUGGAAUUGGGUAAUAUGGAGUGCUUAAGAGAGCUUCAUGUUGGUGGAACUGCAAUCAGACAUUUACCUGAUUCAAUUGGACUUCUGAAGAACAUUACAGUAAUAUCUGGGCAUGGGAAUUGCAGAAGUUUAGCGACCAAAUCUCAUUUCCCAUCCUUCCAGUUUCUGGCAUUACCUCGAUCUUUGAAUACUACUAGUUUUCUGCCACCAUCCGUAUCUGGCUUACAUUCAUUGUCGGAGUUAGAUCUUAGUUACUGCAGUCUCUCUGAUGGGGAUAUUCCGGAUGAUCUCGGGGGAUUAUCCUCGUUGCGUGUUCUGGAUUUACGUAAAAACAGAUUUUGUCUGCUGCCCUCCAGCCUUGGUCAGCUAACAAGCCUAAAAAAACUUUUUUUGAGUCGUUGCUGGAAACUUAAAUCAAUCUUGGAAUUCCCUCCCAAUCUUCGUCGCCUAAUUGCAAGGGAUUGCAGAGCAUUGGAAAACAUUCCUGAUCUAUCGAAUAUGAAGUUCUUAAAAUAUUUAGAUCUUGAGAGCUGCUGCAAAUUGGUUAAUAUCUUGGGCCUGGAGAACCUCAAUUGUGUGCAAGAAAUUAAUAUGGAAGGCUGCCAUUAUCUGUCCACCAGUUUUGCUUGCAGUUUGUUUCAGGGAUACUCUGGCCGUUACCUGAACUGUAAUCUUCACCUUCCAAGACGGGAGAUUCCACAUUGGUUUGAUCAUCAAARWCUUGGCUCUUCCRUUUCUUGCAUUGUUGAAACUGAUUCUGUUGAAUUGACUCUGUGGGUUGAUUAUAUACAAGAGGGCAAAGAAGWGAAAUSGAAUGGACCCGUUAUGGAGUAUAUMAGUGYKGUUCUGAACAACCAGACAAAUGGUAUAAAGUGGUUCCACUAUGGAUACCCAUGUAGAGCUUUUGAGCCUGAAGCAAAGACAUGGGUAAAUUAUGGACCUCAACCUUACCCGUUGAAAUCUGGAGACCAGAUUGAAGUUUCCUUCGAAACCCGUGGAAAUUUGAAGGUGGAGAAGUGUGGUAUUCAUCUUGCGUAUAAAUCAAUCAUCAAGGCAACUGAACGAUCUUCACYGGUCACAACAGAAAUAGAUGGGGAUAUCAGUGCUCUUGAAAUAAGCUGCAACGAGAACAAAGUUUCUAAAAGCAGUCCUCUUGCAACAAGUUGUGCAGCGUUACAGAUUUACAGUUCUUGUAAUAUUCUACAGUUCCUUGCAAACUUGAAGGUCCUUGAUCUCAGCCGAUCUAAACUGAUGACUGCGACUCCAGACUUUUCUGGUACACCAAAUCUUGAAAAGUUGAAACUUUUUUAUUGCACAAGUUUGUUGAAGGUUCAUCCAUCAAUUGGAUGCUUGGGUAGGCUUACUGACUUGAGAAUGGAAGGUUGCAGUACCCUUCAUAGUUUUCCAAGUAGCAUCUGCAAUGCAGUAUCACUUGAGAAACUAAUGCUUAAUGAUUGCAAAAGUUUCAAACAAUUCCCUGAAGAUUUGGGGAGUUUGAAGUGUUUAAGGGUGCUUCAUGCUGAUCACACUGCAAUUAAGACAUUACCCGAUUCAAUCGGGCUUCUGUGUAACCUCAUCGAGCUGCAUGUAAGUUUCUGCCCACGCCUUGUUGCUCUUCCAAGUAAUAUUUGCAAAUUGAGAUCCCUUCAAAAACUAUUUGUCACUGCAUGCUCAAAUUUGGAGCAAUUUCCUUUGGAAUUGGGUAAUAUGGAGUGCUUAAGAGAUCUUCAUGUUGGUGGAACUGCAAUAAAAAAUUUACCUGAUUCAAUUGGACUUCUGAAGAACAUUACAAUAAUAUCUGCGCAUGGAAAUUGCAGAAGCUUAGUGACUAAAUCUCAUUUUCCAUCCUUCCAGUUUCUGGCAUUACCUCGAUCUUUGAAUGCUACUAGUUUUCUGCCACCAUCUUUAUCUGGCUUACAUUCAUUAUCGAAGUUGGAUCUUAGUUACUGCAGUCUCUCUGAAUGGGAUAUUCCGGAUGAUCUCGGGGGAUUAUCCUCACUGCGUGUUCUGGAUUUACGUAAAAACAGAUUUUGUCUGCUGCCGUCCAGCCUUGGUCAACUAACAAGCCUAGAAGAACUUUUUUUGAGUCGUUGCUGGAAACUUAAAUCAAUCUUGGAAUUCCCUCCCAAUCUUCGUCACCUAAUUGCAAGGAAUUGCAGAGCAUUGGAAAACAUUCCUGAUCUAUCGAAUAUGAAGUUCUUAAACUAUUUAGAUCUUGAGAGCUGCUGCAAAUUGGUUAACAUCUUGGGUCUGGAGAACCUCAAUUGUGUGCAAGAAAUUAAUAUGGAAGGCUGCCAUUAUCUGUCCACCAGUUUUGCUUGCAGUUUGUUUCAGGGAUACUCUGGCCGUUACCUGAACUGCAAUCUUCACCUUCCAAGACGGGAGAUUCCACAUUGGUUUGAUCAUCAAAGACUUGGCUCUUCCAUUUCUUGCAUUGUUGAAACUGAUUCUGUUGAAUUGACUCUGUGGGUUGAUUAUAUACAAGAGGGCAAAGAAGUGAAAUGGAAUGGACCCGUUAUGGAGUAUAUAAGUGUGGUUCUGAACAACCAGACAAAUGGUAUAAAGUGGUUCCACUAUGGAUACCCAUGUAGAGCUUUUGAGCCUGAAGCAAAGACAUGGGUAAAUUAUGGACCUCAACCUUACCCGUUGAAAUCUGGAGACCAGAUUGAAGUUUCCUUCGAAACCCGUGGAAAUUUGAAGGUGGAGAAGUGUGGUAUUCAUCUUGCGUAUAAAUCAAUCAUCAAGGCAACUGAACGAUCUUCACCGGUCACAACAGAAAUAGAUGGGGAUAUCAGUGCUCUUGAAAUAAGCUGCAACGAGAACAAAGUUUCUAAAAGGUGGAAACCAGUUUGAUAAUUCCAGACUGAUCUUAGUUGUAUGUGGUAUGCCAGCAGUCCUCUUGCAACAAGUUGUGCAGCGUUACAGAUUUACAGGUAGACGGUCUCUGAUUCAUGAUACACGGCAUGAUAUCAAAGGAUUCAUGAACAACCGUUUUGCCAUAUGAUCCACAGGUAAACUAAAACUGAACCUUCAAACCUCACUCUCGAUAAAAGAACCUGAAAAUCUGUGUUCGCCUUCAUCCCCUUGAAAGAGACGGAAUAAAAAAAGUUCUUCGUUUUCCUUUUCGGAGAUUGGCCAAAAUAGUCAUUUCUCUUAUAUAAAUUGGUCACCUAGUCAUUCAUCUCCAUGAUUUACCCGAAUACCACUACGUGUGCAAGUCCCAUGUCGGACCUAGCUAGAAGACAACCUUUUUAUCGGAUUUGACCCAGGUCCACAAUUGCGGCAGCUAGGUCUACAAUUUAAAUUUUCUUUUUCGAGUUUUUAGCUAAGGGUCCGUUUAUUAAACACUUACCAAUGCAUAAAAAUUUUCUAAUCGGAUGAACAUGAAAAGGGUCGAGAAGCUUACCGGAUAAGAGCGAUGAGAAUGGGGUGUCUUACCCGGUAAGUGAGGAUGACGACUCUUACCCAGGUAAGCGCUUUUCCAGUAAAUUGUUGCAUUCGAUACGUUUUCGCAUCAAAAUAAAUUAUAGCGUUAACUCCUAUUGGUAAGCGCUUAUCGGGUAAGCAUUUGGAUAAACGGCCCCUAAAUCUGUAAGUGGAUGAUGUGAGACUUGCGAAAGCAGUGAUAUUUAAAUAAAUAAGGGAGAGGAACGACUACCAAUUUAUGUAAAAAUAAUGGCUAUUUUGACCUAUUUUACUUUUCUUUUCUUCUCUUCCCAAAUUCGAGACAAACGAAGAGAGGAAUAACUCGGAUUACUUUUUUCAUUCAAAAUUUCUCUAAAUUCGUUACUGUAGAAAAUGUUGAAAUAUACCUUCUUUUAUUUUCAUAUUUGUAAUGCCUUGAAUCGAAAAGGGACCAAAUUAACCAAAAAGGGAUGAUAUGUUAAAUUUUAAAACCAAAAAAUAACAGGGGUCUGAAUGGAUUUACCACAAAACAAAUGGACCUGUUUUAUAAUUAUAGAAAUUUC